AUGCCCUUAAAUACUUUUACAGUGGGUGGUAUACCUGCCAUAACAGCUGAGCCAUUAACGCCAGAAGCGUUCGCUCCAUUUGGUGGAGUCAUUAGUGCUGACCAUCAGAUAGAGAACGCAGCCAGCUCUUCAGCCAACUAUGGCACUGCUACCAAGAUCCAUAAGGUAGCACCCAUAGUGAACAACUACGACAAGUGCCCCAGUGGAGUAGUUGCCACUGCCAAUUGGAAUAUUUUCCGAUGUACAGCCCCUAAGCAUUUGAUACUGGACUACGGAACUUACAAGAGAUACACUUCCAAAGUAUUGGAAAGACAUCCUUUCUCAACACAGACCUUUUUACCUAUGGGACAAGAUCUUCAUAAGGUAUCGUACUUGGUCAUUGUCGCAGCCAACGAUCCUCAUUCUGGAGCACAAGUGCUACCUGAUCCAUCUACAGUACGCGCCUUUGUCUGUAAAGGGAACCAAUCUGUAACCUACGGUGCUGGCACCUGGCAUGCUCCUAUGGUGGUGAUAGAUGAAGAGACAGCGCAUAUAGACUUUGCUGUGUUCAUCCACGAGAAUGGAGUAGCUGACGAAGAUUGCCAAGAGUGUUACUUUAAGCCUGGUUUCUCUAUCAACUAUGAAAAAGUCAACCAUAAGCUAUAG